AUGGGCGCUGGAGCCUUCAUAGAACCGCUUGUAGUGGUUACCCUAUUGUUCGGCGGCACAUGGGUAAACCGAAACACAGAAUACCGUCUUUUUGGGCGACGGAGAGUGUAUCAAAAUUCGCCUCGCUCAAGUUCCCCAGAUUCCGGUCGAUCUAGUCCGUCUUCUAGCGUGUCGCUUCUAGCCAACGUCGAUGAGGAGCCCAAAUGGAGGAAACGAGAAGUUGUCAUUCUAGGCAUAAAGAAAGAUGUCAUGAGCCCGAAUACUAGGCGAUUCAAGGAGUACUUCCUUAGUCGACUGUUGCAGAAGUUUCCCUUUCUUGUGGAGGCCUGGUAUUGGGCACUCAUCUACUGGGUUUACCAGCUAGGCCGCGCAUUCUCUGCCGUAACGAUGGUCGAAGGCACCGUAAACGUCGCUCGCCGCCACGCCCUCCAACUUAUCCACCUCGAACAGAAGCUACACAUCUUCUUCGAGCUUGACGUUCAAGCAUGGUUCCUGAAGCAUCCCUUUCUCCUCCACUGGACGAACCGCACAUACUCCUUCAUCCAUAUUCCUGGUACAAUCUUGUUCCUAGUAUGGCUGUUCUACUACACCACAACCCGCAACCGCAUCGAUCUUCCCCUCCAUAAUAAACCGAUGGGCGAGGCAGACGGCAGCCCUGCAGGUCCAAAGUUGUAUGCCGCAAGGCGCAGGACAAUGGCUACCUGUAAUUUGAUUGCUUUCAUUGUCUUCACACUAUGGCCAUGCAUGCCGCCUCGUCUUCUCUCCGACCCCGAGGUCCCCGGCUCGGUAGGCAAGGAAGCGCGCAGCUUUGGUUUCGUCGACACUGUCCACGGCGCCGAAGGCGAGAGCAGCGUGUGGACCCAGAACAAAUUCUGCAACCAGUAUGCUGCGAUGCCUUCGCUGCACUUUGGAUACUCGCUACUCAUCGGUCUCACCAUCAUGUCCAUUCCGCUUGCACCCCAGCAUCGCCGAUCUCGCACCGUUGCUCUCACAAUGGGUUUGCGCAUGCGCAUUCCCUCGGCUCGUCGCAUGCUCUGCAUCUUCCUGGGUGUCGCAUAUCCCGCCAUCAUCCUCGUAGCUAUUGUGGCAACGGCGAACCACUUCAUUCUUGAUGCUGUGGCUGGUGCCAUGGUCUGUGGAUUGGCGUGGACUGGCAACAGGGUGUUACUGAACUUGCUACCACUAGAAGACUACUUCCUAUGGUGCGUGCGCAUCCACAAGCCUGCGCGAAAGGCGGUACACUGGGAUGGUGAUGAUGAGGAUGAUAAUGACUAUGGCCAUAAGAGGUUUGGCGGUAAGGGCGUCAUUGUUGAUUAG